AUGCUGAGCACAUUUACACGCCUUUCACCAAGAUUACCAAGGACCAGCGCGACACCGACUAUACGUGCAACGACAUCGCAAACCCGUGCUGUCCACCUCGCGCCUCCUUUCCUUCUCGACUCCUACAUACCCCGCUACCACCUCCUCUCGUCCGCUGAUGCGUCCAAGAAGCGCUCGCUUGCACACUCGCAUCUCGCCAAUUGUAACCUCUGCCCCCGCCUAUGUGGCGUGAAUCGCUAUCAGGAAACAGGCCAUUGCUUGAUCGGGGCUGAAAAGGUCAAAGUCAACGUGAUCGCGCCGCAUUUUGGCGAGGAGCCGUGCGUGCAAGGCUGGAAUGGGAGCGGCUCGGUGUUCUUUUCUGGGUGUAAUUUACGAUGCGUCUUUUGUCAGAAUCAUGAUAUUGCCCAUCAGCGGAAUGGGUUCGAUUUGACCCCUGAGGAGCUUGCGGAGUGGUAUAUGAAGCUGCAGGGCGUCGGUAACGUCCAUAAUAUUAACCUUAUCACACCAGAGCAUGUUGUUCCUCAGGUCGUCCUGUCCAUUUUGCAUGCGCGAGAUUUGGGUUUGAAGCUGCCCAUCAUCUACAAUACGUCCGCUUUCGAUUCACUGGAAUCCCUCGAGCUGCUCGAUGGCCUGAUCGAUAUAUACCUACCCGACUUUAAGGUUUGGGAAAAUAGCACCUCGAAGAGGCUACUUAAGGCGGAUAACUACACUGAAACCGCAAUGGAAAGUAUAAAGGCCAUGCACGCCCAGGUGGGGGAUCUAUGCUUCACAGCUGAUGGCGUCGCAAAGAGCGGCGUACUUGUCCGACAUCUUGUCAUGCCUGGACUAGAAGAAGAAGGCAAGGAGAUAAUGCGUUGGCUGGCACUAAACGUUUCGAAAGAUACCUAUGUGCAUAUCAUGGAGCAGUACCACCCAGAUGCCCACGUCGGGAAGAAGCGACGUGGGGCUGGCAGCAAAGGAAGCGAAGUUCGGUAUGCUGAUAUCAAUCGACAUGUCGACAUGCGGGAGGUUGGGGCUGUUCAAAGUGCAGCAAGAGCAGUGGGACUCUGGCGGCUUUGUGAACCGGCUGAGCACGCUAUGGCAGCAUGCUUUGAUUUUAAUACACCCAAGGAGCUCGGGUAUUUCAGAGCGAAAACAGAGGUGGAAUGGGUGAUUCAGAAGCCGUUCACAUGA